AUGGUGGUGGUCAAUCAUCUGCUCUUCGAGAGCGCCGUCGGCUUCUCGCUUUUUGAUGUCGCCCACCAAGCCGACACCGUCGGCUUGGAGCUGCCCGAAGUCAAGGAUGCGAUGAAGAGCCUCGACAAGUUUGGCAAGAUGGUCCGUCUGCGCAGCUUCAACCCUUGGACCUCUGCCGCCCACGGUUUGGAAGCGAUUAACCUCAUUUCGGAGGGCAUCAUGCCGGAACAUCUCAAGAACACCCUGGAACUCAACCUGCCACAGACAAGCGGAAAGAAGAGCAAAAUCGUCCUGGGAGUUGUCGACAAGAGAUUAGCGGGCGAGAUUAGCAGCACCUUCCCCGGCGUUCAAUGCGAGGCUGCUGAUACCUCCGAAGUCGUUGCUGCACUUCUGCGCGGCAUCCGUCUCCAUGCCAACAAACUGCUCAAGGGUCUUCAAGAGGGCGACAUCAACCGUGCCCAGCUCGGUCUCGGCCAUGCCUACUCCCGUGCGAAGGUGAAGUUCAGCGUUCAUAAGAACGACAACCAUAUCAUUCAGGGCAUUGCUACACUAGACGCGCUCGACAAGGGCAUCAACCAGGGUGCGAUGCGUGUGAGAGAGUGGUACGGCUGGCACUUCCCCGAGCUCAUCCGCAUCGUGUCGGACAACGGCACCUAUGCUAAGGUUGUGUUGGCCGUGGGUGACAAGAGAUCGCUCACCGACGAGAGCGUGGACGACCUAGCAAACGUUCUCAACCAGGAUCAGGACAAGGCCGAGGCCAUCGUUCAAGCGGCAAAGGUUUCCAUGGGGCAGGACAUCAGCGAGACCGAUCUCCAAAUGGUGAAGGACCUUGCGCGGAACGUCUCCAAGAUGGCCGAUUACCGGCGCAUCCUCGCGGAGUCCCUGGACAAGAAGAUGGGCGACGUCGCGCCCAAUCUGCAAGUCAUCUUGGGCACCCCUGUCGCAGCCCGGCUCAUCUCGCAUGCCGGUUCCCUGACCAACCUGGCCAAGUACCCGGCCUCAACGCUUCAGAUUCUCGGCGCUGAGAAGGCCCUCUUCCGUGCGCUUAAGACGAAGGGCGCGACGCCCAAAUAUGGCCUUCUCUACCAAAGUACCUUCAUCGGACGUGCCGGUCCCAAGGUCAAGGGCCGCAUUUCCCGGUAUCUAGCCAACAAGUGCUCCAUUGCCAGUCGCAUUGACAACUUCUCUGAAAAGCCCACCAGGCGCUUUGGCGAGGUUAUGCGCGAACAACUAGAGCAGCGGCUGGAGUGGUACGCUAAGGGCACCAAACCGAUGAAGAACACUGAGGCUAUGGACAAGGCCAUCAAGGCGGUUCUGGGUGAUGGCGACGACAUGGACAUUGACGAUGAGAUGAUCGACCACCAUGCCCAGAAAGAGGAGAAGAAGGAGGAGAAGAAGGAGAAGAAGAAGGAGAAGAAGAAGGAAAUCAAGGACGAGAAAAAGGAAAAGAAGGACAAGAAGGACAAGAAGCGCAAGAGCGUCGGCGGCGAGGAUGUCGAAAUGGUGGAUGUCAAUGGCGACGGCGAGCACAAGAAGAAGAAGAAGAGGAAGUCCGUGACCGCUGAGUAG